UUCAUGAAAUUUCAACGUUUACAUUUGACGAUAACGGUCAAAAAUUAAAACGAAUUGGUAAAAGACGUUAAAGUUAAAGCAUCGACAGCAGUGUAUUCACAUUGGAAUGGAUCAAUUGAAGUGGACAACACCAAUUAAAAAUGAAAAGAAAUACAGUGGCUUAACGAUAAAGAGCCCUAUAAUAUACAAGACUCCUGUGAAACAGUAUGAUACAACCUCAAGGCAUAAAACAUAUCAAACCAACAGGAGUAACUUUAGUGUACUUCCUGUUCACAUUACUCCACCGUCGAACCUAACAAAAUUUAUAGCAAGGAAUCCAUUUGAAACUAACUUAUCUAGUAGAUUGCAUUUAUCUGUGAUUAGUCCAACUGCAUUCAGUAAGGUUUCAAGUCCGUCCCAGCAGUCUCCUGACUUUGCAUGGAGCGUGGAUGAAUUGGCCUUGAUGAAGCCAGCCAAGAUCGAAGAAUUUCCCACGCAGCAGAUACAUUGUAUGGACCCAGAGAGUGAAGUAAAAGCUCAGGCUGCCAUCGAUAGGUUUUUUAAAGAGAAUAAUAUUAUCCCCAGCCCAUGGGAAAUAAAGAAAAAAGACACUAAAAUUCAAAUCAGAACAAACACUUCAACCAGAGUGUCUAGUGAUGCGUCUCCAGAAUCUUCUAAAUCCAAGAAAGAUGGCUGGAGUCAAACAGUAUUAUCAUUGCCGUCCAAGCUACCACCACAUGUUGAAGAAGCUCUGAAACCUUAUUUUACAUUCACCCAAGAACAGAAUGUUGAGAGUGACGAUGCCAAUUCGAGCAACAGCUCCUUGAGGAGGAAGUUAUUCUUCAAUCACAAUGAGUGCGUGGAGAAUGAGGAAGAGUCUUUCGAAUGUCUGUCACCUGUAAAUAUGAAUGGAUCUUUUAUAGUAUCCUCCAGUCAUCCACCAAGUGGAAUAUUAGCCGAUGGAGUUCAAUUAAAGGACUCGCACGAUACCGAUAAUCAUCACGAUACGUCUCAAAUUAUUCCUGAUGAUUCACCUCCUCCCAAUAUAUCACCGAUACACAGGGUGACGAAUAACACGUCCUGCGAAAGCGUAAGGUCCCGAAAUCGUUCGGUUGCUCGCUUAGAUUUCACUGCCGCAAUGAGCAUAGACCAAUCCUCCAGUAUGCACCAUAAGGAAGAUUCGAAUGAUCAUUCUCUAGACGAAUCCCUCGAUAAAAUGAAUACACCAACGCGAGAAAAGAAAACGGACAAUUGUAUGAAUUUCAAUGGUAAUUCCACGUGUGUUCAAACGAACAACUUCAUUGAGGCGAAAGUCAUCGCGAAGAGGUCCAAUGAUUUUGACACCGAUGUAUUAGAGUUCAAUUCCAAAAAACAGACCAGUGUUCACGAGUCAAAGAAUUUGACUGACUCUUGCAAGAUGGUUACCAGCGAGAGUUGCAUAUUACAACAAACCCAUACAGUGUUAGGUAUAUCUGAUCAGCAAAGUGUUUCUAAUUCUGCGCAAGACACUGGUUAUCAGACUUAUAGUAUGAGCAGUACAGCGAAUGUCACUGACAGUUAUAACGGUACCCCUGUAAAACAAAAGGUUUGCUGGGAUGAUCGAAUUGUAUUGACUGACGACGAAUUCCGUUUGUCUGACUGGAAAGAAAACAUGAAUAUAUUCUGUUCCACCCCGUCAAGGUCCAAUAGAGAAAGGAAAAAUCAUAUAUUUUGA